UUUGUUUGGUUGUUGAGCUCUGAAUAUCUGCGUGACAUGAUCGCUGGAGAGCACAGGAGACAACAGAUCUUCAGAUGAUUCAACAUCUGGACAGCAGAACAUAAUGUUCAACAAUCAGGACUCCCUUAAAAGAUGCGACGUGAAGCAUGCACUGGAUUUUUAAAGCACAAAGAUAAUCUCAUCUUCAUCUCAUGAUGAACAGCGCCUCAUUCACACUGAAUCUCUCCAGGUUAAGCAACGGGACAGACGUUGUGGUCUCGGGUCCCGUCACCUGGAGGAUGGCCAUGAUCACUCUCAUAACCGUCCCGCUCUCCUUCAUCACCAUCACAGGCAACGUCCUGGUCAUGAUCUCUUUUCGGGUCAACCCUCUCCUGAGGACAGUGAGCAACUACUUCCUGUUAAGCUUGGCUGUGGCUGACUUCAUUUUGGGUGCCGUCUCGAUGAACCUCUACACUACCUACAUCCUGAUCGGCCACUGGACUUUAGGAAACCUAGCCUGUGAUGUGUGGUUGACUGUGGAUUAUGUGGCAAGCAAUGCCUCUGUUAUGAACCUGCUGGCCAUCAGCGUCGACCGCUAUCUCUCUGUCAUGCGACCUUUGACCUAUCGGGCCACUAGAACGCCCAGAAGAGCGGCAGUGCUGAUCACUCUAGCUUGGACCGUCUCGUUCGUGCUUUGGGCUCCUGCUAUUUUAUUCUGGCAGUAUAUAGUGGGUGAACGGACUGUUCCAGAGGAAGAGUGUUCAGUGCAGUUCCUGUCUGAGCCUGUGAUCACAUUCGGGACGGCCAUCGCUGCCUUUUACCUCCCGGUGAGCGUGAUGGUGGCGUUAUACUGGCGGGUGUACCGCGAGACAGAGAAACGCUCUCAGCAGCUCGCCGGACUCAUGGCUUCACAGGGAGGACGCGCGGGAAACACAUCUCAGAGAUCUUGUCACAGCAACUCUCGCAGCGUUGAAGACGUCGGACCACAAACAGACCAGAAGCAGCACAAGAAGACACACAGCAGCAUCUGUCCAAUCCUCACCCGCCGGACAGCAGCGUGGUGGAAGAAACGCAGGCAAAGAGACGAGAUGUCCAGCUCGGGUACCACAUACAGCCAUCCACCGAUGAACACAGACCGCGCUUCUCCAACACCAGACGAUAGUCUCAAAUACAUCCCCCUCGUUCGGAUGGAGGAGACCGCAGUCAGUGAUCUUGACCCCACCAAGAGGAGCUUUGACUCAGGAAGUCAGAAUUCCCUGGAUUCCCGAAUGAAUCCUGCUACACACGCUCCCGCUCGCCAGCAGACCCGAAGAGCCCGGACCUCAGGUCUGAUCCGGGAGAAGAAAGCAGCCCGGACUCUCAGUGCCAUUCUCCUGGCUUUCAUUGUAACAUGGACACCAUACAACAUCAUGGUCCUGGUGUCCACUUUCUGUGAGGACUGCGUUCCUGAGGGACUGUGGCAGCUGGGAUACUGGCUCUGUUAUGUCAACAGCACGGUGAACCCUGUCUGUUACGCGCUCUGUAACAAGCACUUCCGGGUCACCUUCAGAGCGCUGCUGCUCUGUCGGUGGAAGGAGCAGAAGAAGGGGAUCAGAUGGACCCCGACAGGCACUGGAUGAUUACAUCACGGGUUUUCUCUUCAUGAUAUCAGUGAUUCGUCACUGGCUGAUCUUUAUUAUGAUGCUGAAGAGCACGCGAGCUUGAAAAGAUCCUAGAGAUCAAAGUUGUGCAUCAAAUGUGUGGAGUUCAGAUCAGCUGCUUGGGAAAGUUUUGUGCUUGUAGCAGUUUUUACAUUUGAAUGGCUAUUAAGUGACACGUUCAAAAAAUAUAAAAUGUAGCAGAUGGGUGUGUGUUUAUUAAGCAUGAACUCUUUAACGCUCUGGUGUUGUCUGGUCAAAGGUUUUGACCAAAAAAAAAAAUUGUUUUUAUGUUGUUGUUUUUUGGAAUGGUAUGAAACUUGGUAAAGGUUUUUGACAAACAAUCAUAGACUUGAUUCGAAAAGGUUAAAUGGUCCUGGAAAAAGUAGACACUUAACUUGUUUGCAUUGCA